AUGGAUAUAACCAUUCUUUAUCCAUCAAAAUCUACGCGAUUCAAAUAUUUAGGGCUUUUGGGAGCUAAUAUCAAAUCAGGAAACAAGUAUAUCAUAUCAGGGUUUGUUAAAUUUUCAGAUUCUGGUAAGAUGAUCGAAGCAACAGAUAUAGAUUAUUUUCUCUUAACAAAAUCAAAUACACGGUCAAUCAUCGAUGUCAUUGCUGAUGACAUUGAGUCACAAUCAACAAAAGAUGAUAAACCAGUUUAUUCUGGAGCGCAUAACAAUAACACAGCUUCUAAUUCAUAUGAGACGUUAAAAAAUAGGGCUACAGUUACAAUAGAAGAUGAACACAAAUCAUUUACUGAAGCAGAAAAUAAUCAUCAAGAAAAUCAAUCUGAUCAAGAUAAGGACAAAA